GCCCGGGCCCCCGCUUCUCCUUCGCAUCUGUCCAUUUCACACCACGCUUUCAAGACUACCGACAACUUCUUCAGAGUAGCCCUCAUCCGCCGUCAUGGCGGCUCUAGCACCGCCGAUCGGCAUCGCUGAGGGCAACAACACCUCUACUGCAUCGCCAUCCAUGGGCGCAGGCCUCUCGAUGCCUUCUGCGUCCUCGUCUUCCGGCCAGACGCCUGCGUUUAUUCCAGCAUCACCGGCUCAGGCCGCAGCUCUCGGCCUCGCAUUGGCGCCGAACCCACUCGGUACACCAGAGCACACUCUCGCAACGCUCACCAGCACCGGCAGCGCUCCUCAGCAACGCCCACGAGUGGGACCGCGAGCGGUCGUUCACCUCCUCGUAGACCAGCACACAGUCGAUUCGGCAUGGCCUGCCAUCUCGUCCAUAAUCCUUCGCACAUGCCAGCAAAUCGCAUCGCUGCAUCGCUCUCAGCUCGAAGGCACCGGAGUCGUGCUUCAAGCAAUUUCAUUCAAUCCAAAGCAGCCCCGCGUUCCGCCGCGAACGUCUCCCGAUCCAAUCCAGUCCUUCUUCGAGCCUAGCUGCGAUUGUCGCAGAGCAGGCCCAUCAACGCCGAGAAGUUUCCUUCUUGGUGCUAGGCAAAGCCUGCAAGGCAGCGCAUCUGAUGGCCAUUGGUGGAAGGAGGGGAUAUCAGCUGAAGACGGGCAUGCAAGCUACUGGCGUGCCCUCGAGCUGGGCGUUGGUGACCUCAAGGCGCAGAUAGAAAGAGAAGAAGAAGAUGCAGCGACAUCAACGAUUCCGCCACAGGAAGCUGUCCUGACGAGAUAUCUCGUCUAUUUCGCUUCCGCUAGCUCAGAUGCCUUGCCUGCCUCUACGAGAGAAGCAGUCGAAUCGUGCUCGGCAUUCUUCAAUGGCAUCAUCGUUGGGACGCUCCCAACACCGCCUUGGGCCAGCGACGCUCCGCAUCGCGCAUCGAAUGGCAGCCAAGCGGCAGCAUCCGACAUUGCCAAGUCAUUUCUCAGCGACCUGGGCUCAACGACGACAUGGGAUGACCUGGGUAACCCAAACUGUAAACCGCAAGGCGAGGCUUCGACCUUCUUCUCAUCUCCAACCCCGUCUCUGGAGGGCGUGUCCAUCUCUCUUGCCGGCUUCAAGUCUUUGACCUCUAGCGAAGCGGGCAAGGCAAAGCUCGAAAAUGCCAGCAAGAAGAGAAGCAGAGACGAGAUCGCCGACAGCGACGGCAGCGGAAAGAAGCAAAAGGUCGAGUCAAGUGGUGCUCAAGAAGCCAACGUCACAGCCGGGCCUUCUUCAUCAACAUCGGGUGCGGCUGUCAUCGUGCCUGCCUUCCCUCCUCAGAAGGGCAUGAAGACGCCACCUCCAUUCUGGUCUGGCCCCAUCACCUGGGAUGUCCAAAGACCUAACGCAGCAGGCAAGCAACACGUCAAGGUCUGGGUCUGCGCUGUCGUCAUGUCCGGCGUCAAGGGUUCGCAGGUGGCUCCACUUCAGACGCUCCUGAUGCCUUGGCCCAAGGUUCUGCCGCUCAGUACGCUUCGCCCCAUUGCAUGGAACCAGCUUCAGACAUUCGCAUCCACGCACACGGUGCCCCUGAUCAUGCUUCAGCCUCGACCUGCUCCGGGUCUACGUCCUGCCGGCGGCGGCGAAAAGGUGCCCGAGACAGCUGAGGAGCUGCAGCGCAACGAGAACAUCUACUCUAGUCUGGCCCGUACCCUCGACUCGAAGAAGUCAGCAGUCUGGCUGAGCCUCAAGGAGAAUCCGCUGCCACCCCAUCUCAGCAAUCAGACAGAAGAGAGCCGUACCUCGCCUGGCGUGCUCGUAGUCAGCCUCGCCGGUCCUUCCAAUGUGGACCCUCAGACUGGUCAGGCACGCACUGCAUCCAGUCGCCUUGUCGGCUUCAUCUUUGCCAAUGGCGUGCCAUGGGACUCUCUUCAGACACCGCAGCAGCGAGCUUCCGUUGCAGAGCACAACCAGCAAUCACUCCUCGCUCGCGCAAAGGCUCAGGCAUCGCUGUUGCAACAGCAAGCACAGGGCCAGCCGAGCGCGCCUACGACGACGCAUCCGCCAGCUGGUGGCUUGGGCGGCGCGAGUGCGAGUGCUGGGAGUGGUAGCAGUGGUGGUGCGGCAAACAAGCCGAAUGUAGAUAUCAGUAGCAUCUUUGGGCAAGGCGGUGCAAUGAGCCAUCUGCCUCCGCAAGCCCAGCAGAUGCUCAGCGCGGCCCUCGCCCAGCAACAGGCCCUUCAGCAGCGCCAGAAGGACCAGUACAAGCCGACACCACCUGCGGCGUCUAUCUCAAAUGCGCCUGCCCAACAGCAGCAACAGCAGCAACAGCAGCAACAGCAGCAACAGCAGCAACAGCAACUACCCCAAGCCGGGCAGCCGCAGAGCUUUGGCGGCUUCAACAUCCCGCAGAAUAUGCCCAACGGCGCCGCCAACUUUGCAUCUGCCACUCAGGCUUGGCUUGCAUCGCAGCAGCGCAACCAAGCUCAAAGCGGAGUACUACCUCAGCAGCAGCAGCAGCAGCAGCACAACAACAGCAGCAAGGCCCACCUCAGCAAAACCAGGCGCCUGCACCUGCCGCUGGCUCCAAUUUGGCGGCCUACCAGGCCUUCCUUCGCGCUCAGGCCCAACAGCAACAGCAGGCAGUUCAACAGCAGCAGCAGCAGGGUACUCCAGCUCAUUCGCGUACUCAGUCUAAUCAGCAAGCAUUCCCGACCCAACAACAGCAGCACCAGGGAGGACCGAGUGGCGGCGGUGGCGCCCCUCCUCCUCAGCCUGGCCAACAGCAGCAGGGACAGCCGCAGCUUAUGCCCAACCUCGACAUGUCGAAGCUUGAUAUGCAGGCGCUACAGGCUAUGUUGGGAAUCAAGUAGCGGGAUGCGUGAAGAAGAGAAGGUCUUCGCGCAGGACGUCAGCUAAACGGCCGCUACUGGCAGGCAAUGAUGUCAUUCUUUACACGGCUCUACCUUCUCCAUGAGUGGUAGACUCAACUGUACUUGUAUACCAACUAGCAAUCAUCGAUCGUGAUCAACGCCUGCCUUGUGAAGUCGAGUCGCACAACUAUCGCGCUCGGUGGGAAGACUGAACGGUCACAAUCGAAUUUGCUACGGAUCGCAGAGCGACAUAAUCUCCCUUGACUUGAUUGCUUUCCACUGCCCUGCCCCUUACUUCUUGUUCUUCUCCGCAUCCUCCUUCAUGCCCUUCAUAACCCAAGCGCUCGACUCCUUUGCGUGAGCCUUGGUC